AGCAGCUGGCAGCGCUGUUUGUUUGUGAGUAAUACAUUUUUUUCCGCGAUUUAGGAUUUAACAUUGAGCUCUUCAUUUAACCAUGUCGCAUCAAACGGGUAUAAAAGCUAACGAACAACUAGCAAAAGUUUUCGGCAAAGCCAAAAAUGGUAAAAUUCGAGUGAUAAAAGUAUCAAUUGAGAAUGAACAGCUUUGCUGCAGUGCCACAGCGGAUGUAAAAAAAGAUUGGGAGCGUGAUUAUGACAAGCUGCUUUCCCCGCUCUUUGAGGCAAAUGUGCCCUGCUAUGUGCUGUAUCGUCUGGACGCUAAGCAAUCUCUUGGAUAUGGCUGGCUGUUGAUCAGCUGGACUCCAGACACCGCUAGCAUUCGACAGAAAAUGGUCUACGCUUCCACAAAGGCAACACUCAAAACGGAUUUUGGCACGGCCUACAUUACAGAGGAACUGCAUGCCACAACAUUGGAAGAGACCACGCUUGAAGGGUACAAGAAGCAUAAACGUGAAUUCGCAGCACCAGCGCCGCUCACAAUGCGUGAAGAGGAAAUUAAAGAGCUGCGCAAAACCGAAGUGCGCACUGAUAUUAGCACGGACUCGCGUCAUCAGACACUGGGAGGCAUAUCCUGUCCGCUGACAGAGGCUACACGCCAAGCUGUAGGUGAUUUAGUUCGUGGCAACUACGAUUAUUUGCAAUUCCGCAUUGACUUGGAGGAGGAGCGCAUACAUGUAUCCCAUGCCGCCAAAAUAGAGCUUAGCGAGCUUCCCAAGCAGAUACCCCAGGAUCAUGCACGCUAUCAUCUGUAUUUGUUUAAGCAUACGCAUGAGGGCGACUAUAUGGAGUCCUUUGUUUUUGUAUACUCAAUGCCUGGCUACGCCUGCUCAGUGCGCGAACGCAUGAUGUACUCCAGCUGCAAGGCGCCUUUCCUCGAUGAACUAUCAGCCAUGGGUGUAGAUAUAGUCAAGAAGCUCGAAAUCGACAGUGGCAACGAACUCACCGAGGCUUACCUGCAGGAAGAGGUGCAUCCAAAGAAGAUACUACAUAGGCCAGCAUUUGCCAAGCCUAAGGGCCCACCGAAUCGCGGCGCCAAGCGCCUAACACGACCAACCAACGAAGACGAAGUCUAAAAACCAAACUACUGCUUA